GCGGUGAUGCGGGCGCUGGCGGCCUGGGCUGAGCCGAGAGCGGAGACACAGGCUCAAGAUGGCAGAUUCCCACUGAGGCUGAGGGGGCCGAGCUCGCGCGCCGCGUUCCCUUCUCCGUUGCCAUGAACCGCGGACACCCCGGCUCCGAUGGCCCCCGUGUACGAAGGUAUGGCCUCACAUGUACAAGUUUUCUCCCCUCACACCCUUCAAUCAAGUGCCUUCUGUAGUGUGAAGAAACUGAAAGUAGAGCCGAGUUCCACCUGGGACAUGACUGGGUACGGCUCCCACAGCAAAGCAUACAGCCAGAGCAAGAACAUACCACCUUCUCAGCCAGCCUCCACAACCGUCAGCACCUCCUUGCCAAUCCCAAACCCGAGCCUACCUUACGAGCAGACCAUCAUCUUCCCAGGAAGUACUGGACACAUAGUUGUAACGUCAGCAAGUAGCACUUCUGUCACCGGGCAAGUCCUCGGCGGACCACAUAACCUAAUGCGUCGAAGCACUGUGAGCCUCCUUGACACCUACCAAAAAUGUGGACUCAAGCGAAAGAGUGAGGAGAUUGAGAACACAAGCAGCGUGCAGAUCAUUGAAGAGCAUCCACCCAUGAUUCAGAAUAAUGCCAGCGGGGCCACUGUAGCUACUGCCACCACAUCCACUGCCACCUCCAAAAACAGUGGCUCCAACAGUGAAGGUGACUAUCAGCUGGUACAGCAUGAAGUGCUGUGCUCCAUGACCAACACCUAUGAGGUUUUAGAGUUUUUGGGCAGAGGGACAUUUGGACAAGUGGUCAAGUGCUGGAAACGGGGCACCAAUGAAAUUGUGGCCAUUAAGAUCCUAAAGAACCACCCUUCCUAUGCCCGACAAGGUCAGAUUGAAGUGAGCAUCCUAGCCCGGCUGAGCACAGAGAGCGCUGAUGACUACAACUUUGUGCGGGCCUAUGAGUGCUUCCAACACAAGAACCACACGUGCUUAGUCUUUGAGAUGCUGGAGCAGAACCUCUAUGACUUUCUGAAACAGAACAAGUUUAGCCCCUUGCCCCUCAAGUACAUUCGCCCAGUCCUCCAGCAGGUAGCUACAGCCCUGAUGAAACUCAAAAGCCUGGGUCUUAUCCAUGCUGACCUCAAACCAGAAAACAUCAUGCUGGUAGAUCCAUCCAGACAGCCAUACCGAGUGAAGGUCAUUGACUUUGGUUCAGCCAGUCACGUGUCCAAAGCCGUCUGCUCUACCUACUUGCAAUCCAGAUACUACAGGGCCCCCGAGAUCAUCCUUGGUUUGCCAUUCUGUGAGGCAAUUGACAUGUGGUCCCUUGGUUGUGUCAUUGCUGAGCUGUUCCUGGGCUGGCCGUUAUAUCCAGGAGCUUCCGAGUAUGAUCAGAUUCGGUAUAUUUCACAAACACAGGGUUUGCCAGCUGAAUAUUUAUUAAGUGCAGGGACAAAGACAACUAGGUUUUUCAACCGUGACACAGACUCUCCGUAUCCUUUGUGGAGGCUAAAGACACCAGAUGACCAUGAAGCAGAGACGGGAAUUAAGUCAAAAGAAGCAAGAAAGUACAUUUUCAACUGUUUGGAUGAUAUGGCCCAGGUGAACAUGACAACAGAUUUGGAAGGGAGUGACAUGUUGGUAGAGAAGGCAGACCGACGGGAAUUCAUUGACCUAUUAAAGAAGAUGUUGACCAUCGAUGCUGAUAAGAGGAUCACUCCCAUCGAAACUCUGAACCACCCCUUUGUCACAAUGACACAUCUGCUCGAUUUUCCCCAUAGUACACAUGUCAAAUCUUGUUUCCAAAACAUGGAGAUUUGCAAGCGCCGGGUGAAUAUGUAUGACACAGUGAACCAGAGCAAAACACCUUUCAUCACACACGUGGCCCCUAGCACAUCUACUAACUUGACCAUGACCUUUAACAACCAGCUGACCACUGUCCACAACCAGGCUCCCACCUCCACCAGUGCCACUCUUUCCUUAGCCAAUCCCGAAGUCUCCAUACUAAACUACCAAUCUGCACUCUACCAGCCCUCAGCGGCAUCCAUGGCCGCGGUGGCCCAGCGGAGCAUGCCCCUGCAGACGGGAACAGCCCAGAUUUGUGCCCGGCCCGAUCCCUUCCAGCAAGCUCUCAUCGUGUGUCCCCCUGGCUUCCAAGGCCUGCAGGCCUCUCCCUCCAAGCAUGCUGGCUACUCAGUACGGAUGGAAAAUGCUGUUCCCAUCGUCACUCAAGCUCCAGGAGCUCAGCCUCUUCAGAUCCAACCAGGUCUGCUUGCUCAGCAGGCCUGGCCAGGUGGGGCCCAACAGAUCCUGCUUCCUCCAGCCUGGCAGCAGCUGACUGGCGUGGCCACCCACACGUCAGUGCAGCAUGCGGCUGUGAUUCCUGAGACCAUGGCAGGCACUCAGCAACUGGCCGACUGGAGGAACACACAUGCUCAUGGAAGCCAUUACAAUCCCAUCAUGCAGCAGCCUACACUCUUGACUGGACAUGUGACCCUUCCAGCAGCGCAGCCCUUAAAUGUGGGUGUAGCCCAUGUGAUGAGGCAGCAACCAACCAGCACCACCUCCUCCAGGAAGAGCAAGCAGCACCAGUCAUCUGUGAGAAAUGUCUCCACCUGUGAGGUGACCUCUUCACAGGCUACCAGCUCCCCUCAGCGAUCUAAGCGUGUCAAGGAGAACACUCCCCCACGGUGUGCCAUGGUGCACAGCAGCCCAGCCUGCAGCACCUCAGUCACCUGUGGGUGGGGCGAUGUGGCCUCCAGCAGCACCAGGGAACGACAGCGGCAGACGAUUGUCAUCCCUGACACCCCUAGCCCCACGGUCAGUGUCAUCACCAUCAGCAGUGACACGGAUGAGGAGGAGGAACAGAAACACGCCCCCACCAGCACAGUCUCCAAGCAAAGGAAAAACGUCAUCAGCUGUGUCACAGUCCACGACUCCCCCUACUCGGACUCCUCCAGCAACACCAGCCCCUACUCGGUGCAGCAGCGGACAGGGCACAGCGGCACCAGCGCCUUGGACACUAAGGGGGGCCUAGAGAACCACUGUCCUGGCAACCCCCGCACCAUCAUCGUACCCCCACUGAAGACCCAGGCCAGUGAAGUGUUGGUAGAAUGUGACAGCCUAGGGCCAGCAGUCAGUACCAGUCACCAUUCAUCCUCCUUCAAGUCCAAGUCCUCCAGCACCGUGACCUCCACCAGUGGCCACUCUUCAGGGAGCUCAUCAGGAGCCAUCGCCUACCGGCAGCAGCGGCCGGGCCAUUUCCAGCAGCAGCAGCCCCUCAAUCUCAGCCAGGCUCAACAGCACAUGGCUGCAGACCGCACUGGGAAUCACCGUCGACAGCAGGCCUACAUCACUCCUACCAUGGCCCAGGCUCCAUAUACCUUCCCACACAACAGCCCCAGCCAUGGCACUGUACACCCCCACCUGGCUGCAGCUGCCCACCUUCCCACCCAGCCUCACCUCUACACCUAUACAGCGCCCACAGCCCUAGGCUCCACCGGCACCGUAGCCCACCUGGUGGCAUCCCAAGGCUCAGCACGCCACACUGUGCAGCACACUGCCUAUCCGGCCAGCAUCGUCCACCAAGUUCCCGUGAGCAUGGGGCCCCGGGUCCUACCCUCACCCACCAUCCACCCCAGUCAGUAUCCGGCCCAGUUUGCCCACCAGACCUAUAUCAGCGCCUCACCAGCCUCCACCGUCUACACUGGAUACCCACUGAGUCCUGCCAAGGUCAACCAAUACCCUUACAUCUAAACACUGGAGAGGGCCCGCAGGGCGCGGGGUGGAGGAGCUCCCAGCAGACCUGGGGAGCUGGGGUUUUAUACUGCAGGUGCCGCACACAGACAAUGCAAAUGGGGCAGGGAGGGGGGCAGCUGGGGGGAACUUGAACUAGACUAAGGGGAGGACUUAGGGCAGAGAAGAGGACAUUUUAAAGGAAGGGAUUAAGGAGUGGGAAAUCUAUGCUUUUUAUUUUAAAAAAGAAAAAGGAAAAAAAAAGAAAAAGAAAAAUGUUAGUAACAAAAGAGGGAAAAAAGAAAAAACACAGCUCACAAACCCAUUCUGCACCAAACUGGAAAGGAAAAGAAGAGCUACAGGAAGAUUCUGGAAGCAAGGGGCCCCAGUUUUUGAAGAACUUUAUGAACUUUUUAAAGAUUAUUUUCAUAUGACAGCAAGUGACAUUGAAGAAUUUGCUGUCAGGGACACCUGAUACAGAAAUCCAAUAGAUUUUUAAUUAAUUGAACAUGAAAAUUAGGGAUUUUUCCAGAACUCCAAAAGAGUCAACACCCCUUUCAAAUGUCAGGCCAUGGCCUGAGGAGGCUCAUAUUUGGGGAUUGGUCUGGGGUUGACAAAGCCCAGUUCUGGCUCAUUCGUCAGGAAUAGUGGGGUCGGCCAGACUGAUGGAAGACGACCCUCAGGAGAGGGGUGGGCUUCCUCUUUUGGGGCAUUCUGGAUAAAUCUCUAAGCAAUGUUAUUCCUCAGAUGUCAUUAAUAAUGUGUGUUGCAGUCUU